UUUUGUGUAAACGAUCCAGGUUACAUUUCAGUAAUGCAACCAUGUCCGCUCAGAAAGAAGCGUGGCAAACGGAACGACCAACUAUAAGAUCAAGAAGCAAAUUUAUGUUUAACAACGAGCUCCUCAGUGAUGUUAGUUUCGUUGUUCCUGUGCAACUCGACGAAAAUAGCAACAAGAAAGGCAGGAAGGCUAUUCCAGCACACAAGUUUGUCCUUGCGAUAAGCAGCCCUGUGUUUUUUGCCAUGUUCUAUGGCGAUAUAGCCGAGAAGUCAGAUUCUAUCAUGCUUCCUGACUGUGAGUACGAGAGUCUGUUAGAAUUGUUUCGCUUUGUGUACUGUGAUGAAGCGAGGCUGACUCCGCACAAUGUCAUGCAAGUGCUGUAUUUGGCUAAGAAAUAUAUCUUACCCUCACUUGUUGAGAGAUGUAAUGAAUAUCUACUCGAAGUUUUGAAUGUUUCCAAUGUGUUUUGCGUCUUGUCUCACGCCCUGAACUACGGAGAGAAGAAGCUUGUGAGUCACUGCUGGAAAGUUAUCGACAAGGAGGCCGAAGAAGCCUUGAAAACAGAAGGAUUCGAAACGAUAGAUAGAUCCUUGUUAGAAGAACUUGUCAAGAGAGAUUCUCUAAACAUCAGAGAGGUAGACUUAUUCAGAGCAGUCAAUACCUGGGCAUUAGAGGAAUGUAAACGUCUUGAUAUGACAGCCAAUUGUGCAUCCAAAAGGUCGAUUCUUGGGGACAAGGUUGUGAACGCAAUUCGUUUUCCAGUCAUGAAACGGAAUGAAUUCAGCAAUUUUGUUCUUGACUGCAACAUAUUAACUUCACAUGAGGCCACAAGUAUGGAGGAUUAUUUCAAAACCCUGAUUUUAAGCUCACCAAACCAUUUCUCAGAAGCUCCAAGAACUGGCCUUCGCCAAAGAUGCUGUAGAUUUAACUCUGUAGUUCUUGAAACUGGAUUAACCUACAGCUCUCACCACAGUGACUAUCUUUAUUUUUCAGUAAAUAGGGACAUUGUCUUGUAUGGGAUUUGUUUGUUUGGAAGUGAAAAUUGGAAAUACCAGGCUACAGUAACAGUCAGAAAAGCAUCUAAUGGUUUAUUUAAGGCCACUAAAAUAGGAAGAUAUUCUUCUUUACCCAUGGAAUUAGAGGAAGAAGAAGGUAGUUUUUAUGCCUUUGAUAUUCUGUUUGACAAGCCAGUGUCUCUAGAGAAGAGCACUUGGUAUUAUGUGAAAGCUUCCAUGUCUGGUCCCAUCAUUUGGCAGGGAAAGGGAGGAGUGAACUCCAUCCAGUGUCCUGGGGUACAAUUCAGCUUUAAGGACCACCCAAAGAAUAAUAAAAGAACCAACAUUGCAGAAGGACAGUUUCCUCAGUUCCUCUUUAGUUUGGAGUAAAUUCCACUUGCAUGUGGUAUGGCUCGUUGCAAUAUUCCAAUGGGCAACUCCAGAAAGGAAAAGAGUUGGUUAUGUGUAAAUGAAUCCAUACCUCAUACUGUAAGGUUUGUUGUCAUUACUCUGACUUAAAACCUGUUGAAUUAAAUGGUAUUUAACAACAACAACUUUUAUUUUUAUUGCACAAGUACAAAUUAUUCUAUACUUUGUGUUUGAGAAUUUCAAAUGAUUUCAAGCUAUGGAAACAAAGACAGAGUUGCUUGUCCUUUUAACAACCAUUUAAAAAAUGACCUAUAUUCUGUUAUCUGGACCUCAUGUAGUUUUACAUCUUGUUUUUGAGGAUGCCUCUAUUCUAGGUUAGAGCAAAGAAAAAUGUUCGAGAUGAUAAAAUUCUCUUGUCAAUUCAAAAUUGAUCAAAUAUUAAUUACUGUGAAACUCAUGGAGACUGGGGAAGGGGAAAUAUUAAUGGAGUGUUGUUGUGUUUCAAAGGAAAAGCUAAUUACGUGUCAGAAAACUAAAACAUGGACUGUAAGUUAAGUCUGCCUUCAAGCCUAGUGGCCAAUCCAGCAUCCUCUGGAUGGGAUGCUAGCCAUUUGUCAGCUUUCCUGUUGUUUUUAUGCAUGUUAUGUUUUGCCACUCUUAUUUUAAAUUUGAAAUAUUUCACAGGAAUAGUUAAUUUGACCUAUGAUUGGUCCAGAUGUUUCUUUCCUUUUGUUAUUCAAACUUCCUUUUUGUUAGGAAUUAGCCUAUAUAUACUAGUGUAUUUUGUUUUGUUUUUUUCUCUCUGUUGUUGUAACUGUUUAUUUGGAUGUGAGUGGAAUAAAAAGAAGCAGAAGUUUGUUUUAA